GUCUCCUUCAAGACCAGCUUCAAGCUUUCAACACACUCGCACACAUUCUCUCUCUCUCUCUCUCCCCCCCUGAGACCGGAGAAGAGAAGAACACUCUCCAAAAUCUCCAUUUAGUUACUGAUUUCCCUUCUUCACUGGAUAAUCAAAUGAAGUAAAUAAAUAUUAAAAAAAGAAACACCUAAGUUGAGCAAUCCUUGAAAACCUGAAAUGGCUGGAAGUAGUGCGAGGAGCAGAACCAAAUCCUCCACGAACAUCAGCGAUAAAAACGACGGCGUUUCUCUCCGUAGUAACACAAAAUCUAGCUUGAAGAGUAACAAAAGCAGGGCCAAGGAUCAAAGUUUGUUGAAAAUCCUAAAUGUUGAUCUCAAAAUCGUGCUAGGAAUUGGUUUGUUUUCGUUUUUAAUCAUCUUCUUGUUGAUUCAUAAUCUCAUCAAUCAUGUUGAAGAAGCUCAAUUACCUAGGGUUAUCACUCCUUUUCCUGCUCCCAAACUCAUGGACCUUCCUCAGUUUCAAGGAGAUCACAAAGAGAGCUUGUAUUGGGGUACGUAUCGCCCUCAUGUUUAUCUUGGAAUCCGCGCCAGGGCUCCUAAGUCUCUGAUCGGGGGUUUGAUGUGGAUUGGAGUAAAGGACGGACGGUAUCUUAUGAGACAUGUCUGCCAAGAUUCUGAUGAGCUUAGCAAGUAUGGAUGGACACAACAUAAUGGUCGUGAUUUUGGACAUCAAGUGAUAGUUGAUCAAGGAUUGAAGUUAGGAACGAGUUUUUUAAAAUCUAAAAGUCAAGGCAGUGGUUAUGGAGGAGAUUGGGCAGUUCGACUUGAUGUGAAAACUGAGAAGUCUGACUGGAAUAAUGAAAUGCUGCAAAAUGGACACUUGUUUUUCUAUUUGGCUGAUGAAGAUGGAACCGCCCUGAGUUUGGGAAGAGAUAACAUAGACAUUCAUGAGAAUUCUCUUUUGGCAUCAGGUUCACGAGCAGACGUUGGAGAUUGGCAGCUGUAUUUAGAAUCAAAGGAUGUUUUGGAGAUGCACUACUCUGGCUUCAGAACACCUCACAUUCACAAUUUGUCUGAUCUUGUGCAGCAAAACCUUGGGGCCCAAGUAAGAAAGUCUGGCCAGCUGCAACUAUCGGACUCAUCUGAAGAUUCUCCAAAUAUCUUAGUGUUUCAGAUUUCUGCUAGGGUUCCAUUCAAAGCAGAUAUUGCUUUUGUGUCUGGAACUGGAGUACAAAAUUCAAGAGUAAAAGCACGUGUAAACAGUCUGACAGGUACUUUACUGACAAGUCAACUACAAGAAAAGCAAUCAGAAUUUGAUGCCAAGUUCGAGCAAUGUUUUAAUAUGGCUAGCAAGCUUGAAUCAGAGUUCACAAUUGUCGGUAAGGCUGCUGUCGCCAAUAUGUUGGGAGGCAUCGGCUACUUUUAUGGCCAAUCAAAAAUUUCAUACCCUAAAAAUGCCAACCAUAAAGGUCAUGAUAAUUUUAUCACAUAUUGGCCAGCUGAGCUUUACACGGCAGUUCCAAGUCGUCCCUUUUUUCCUAGGGGAUUUCUAUGGGAUGAAGGUUUUCAUCAACUGUUAAUCUGGCGAUGGGAUAUUAACAUAAGCUUGGAUAUUCUUGGCCAUUGGUUAGACUUAAUGAACAUUGAUGGAUGGAUCCCGCGGGAGCAAAUAUUGGGAUCUGAAGCUCUAAGUAAGGUGCCUGAGGAAUUUGUUGUCCAGUAUCCUACUAAUGGGAAUCCUCCAACAUUAUUUUUGGUUAUAAGUGAUCUACUUUAUGGCAUAAAGGAAAAUAAGUUUACCUCUGCUGAGAGCAGUAAGGUCACUUCUUUCCUUGAGCGGGCUUUUGUUCGUCUUGAAGCUUGGUUCCAGUGGUUCGAUACUACCCAGUCAGGGAAGGAGAUCGGUAGCUUUUUUUGGCAUGGGAGGGACAACUCAACAACUCGCGAACUAAACCCUAAGACACUAUCAUCUGGGCUGGAUGAUUAUCCACGUGCUUCACAUCCAAGUGAAGAAGAACGUCACUUGGACCUUAGAUGCUGGAUGCUUCUUGCUGCAAAGUGCAUGCAUUCCAUCCAACAGCUGUUAGAGAAAGAUUACAAGUCUGGAAAGGAUUAUGGUUCAACAGCUAAGUUACUUUCAGAUUUUGAAAUGAUGAAUCAGAUGCACCUUGAUCCUGCACAUGGAGCAUAUUUUGACUUUGGAAAUCAUACAGAAAAGGUUCGGUUAAGUUGGAAAGAGACAAUUGUGGGGAACAGUUAUGUAAAGCGUGAUCUUGUUCGGGAAGUACUAGAAAGACCAGAGUUGAGACUGGUUCCUCACGUAGGUUAUGUCAGUCUUUUCCCUUUCAUGGGGAGGAUCAUUCCAUCUGAUUCAUGGAUUCUGGGAAAACAACUUGACCUCAUUUCAAAUAGGAGUAUCUUGUGGACGGACUAUGGACUCCGAUCUCUGGCCAAAACAAGUUCCAUAUACAUGAAACGCAACACAGAGCAUGACCCACCUUAUUGGAGAGGCCCAAUUUGGAUGAACAUGAAUUACUUGAUUCUUUCUGCACUCCACCACUACUCCAAAGAAGAUGGACCAUACAGAGAUAGGGCCAAGAAAAUUUAUGAGGAACUAAGGAGCAAUCUGAUCAGAAAUGUGGUUCAAAAUUAUCACCAAACUGGGUUUCUGUGGGAACAGUAUGAUCAGAAGGGUAAAGGAAAGGGCGCACGUUUAUUUACUGGAUGGACAUCACUUGUUCUACUAAUCAUGGCAGAAGCUUUUGCCUUGUAGCUGAGCUAACAUUGUGAUUUAUAUAGAUUCGAAUUCAGAGAAGCUAAUGUACAAAUAUCCAAUGUACUAAUUUUGUAAUUUUUGCAUUAUUUCGACCCAAAAAAAAUCCAAUUUUGCAUUAUGAAGAAAAUCAGUAAUCAAACUUA